AUGGAGCACCUCUCCAUAGAAGACCCCUCCCACCAGGGCCAGCCGGUCCUGGGCGGCGGCGUCCCUCCCCCGCAACAGCAGCAGCAGCAGCAGCAGCAGCUGCCGCCGCAAAUGUUCACGACGGCCGCCCAGCUCCUCGACCUCACCGACAAAAAGCUCAUGGUCGCUCUGCGCGACGGUCGCAAGCUCAUCGGUGUUCUACGCAGCUGGGACCAAUUCGCCGAGGAGACACCCCUCGUCUGCCAGAGGACGGACCCUGACAGACCACGCAACGCAGCAAACCUCGUUCUCCAGAACACAGUCGAGCGCGUCUUCGCCCCGCACCCGUCGCCGCCGCGCUCUGGCGAUGCCACGGCGACGACGCCGUCACCAGACCAGCAGCCGCGCGGCGGCCUCUACGCCGACAUCAAGCGCGGCGUCUUCCUCGUGCGCGGCGAGAACGUGCUGCUCCUCGGCGAGAUUGACCUCGACAAGGACGACGACCCGCCGCCGGGCUACGAGCUCGGCGAGCCCGAGGUCGUGCACCGCCUCGCCGAGGCGCGCAAGGACGCCGACAAGGGCAAGGAGAAGGCGAGGCUGCGCAAGCUGGCGCGGAGCGGGUUUGAGGGCGAGAACAUGGGGGAGAUACUCCUCUGA